AGUAACAUUCCGCACAAAAUGGAGCAGCGUGAGCUGGAGAAGUUGUUUGCCCCCUAUGGGCAAAUUCUUUCAGCAGCAGUCAUGCGCAAUAUUCACACUGGUAACAGUCUUGGCACCGCGUUUGUGCGUUACGCCUCCACCGAGGAGGCAAUGAGUGCAAUCAAGGGGAUGUCGGGAAAACGGAUUGGUGGACGAGCGAUCGCUGUUCAGUGGGCGAAGAAGCAGCAUGAUUACGCCCCGGUUGGGGAGGCUCGUAAAAAAAUCAGUAAACUGUUUGUUCGAAACAUUCCACUGGAUAUCAACACCGUCGUUCUCGAGGACAUGUUCAGUAUGUACGGUCCGGUCAAGUCUGUUUCGAUUCACAAGGAUACCGCGCCGGACUGCGACAAAAAUUUUGAGCGCCACAUUGCCUUCAUCACGUUCCUUGCGGAUGGUGCUGCCGAAAGGGCUGCUGAGGCCGUUCAUAACACCCGACCCUUUCCAAGUUGUGGGAAAGUGCCAUUGAUGGUAAAACUGGCUGAGGACGCCCCGCAACGCAUUCAUCAUGGCACUGGCAGUAAAAACUCUGCUAAUGCCUUAAGGACCAAGCAACAAUUACAGGGUGAUAUGAGCGCGAUGUCCUCUGGACAGGAGCAAUUUUUUGACGCCCCAGCCGUUCAACAGUGCUUUCCCACGGGAACGGGCACGGGUGCAAUGGUCGUUGCGCCCACGUCCUAUUUCUCAUUAUUGGCGUCUGGUGGUCUUAUUUUGCCUGGUUCGCUUCCGGGAGCAGUAAUGGGAAGUGAGGCGCCGUAUCCAUGGCGGACAAGGGUCACGUGGCCGCAGGGAACCGGAGUGCCAUUUCCCUUUUAUAAUGGAGGCGCUGCAGCGACUGCCGCCAAUCCCCUUGCACCGAGCAACGCUUGUGCCACGCCUCCUUCUGGGUCGCCCGUCUCAUGCAUGAACAAUGGAGGGUUUACAUCGUUUCCAAUGUACACGACGCCGUUUUGCCCAUCCACGUCUCCAGGCCUUUCCGGAACGCAGGCUGACAGUGUCGCCGGGAGCCCUUUGAUUUUGCCGAGUUCUCUUCAUCAGUGA